UCUGGUAAAACACGAAAAGGCCCUGAAAAGUUUUCCCGAAAAGCGCAAAAGACUAUUGACCAAAGCCAGUCGUUUCUCAUCUCUAGGGAACACGUGGCCAUACUGCACCGCUUACAGAAAAAGAAUUGAGCUUCCUCAUCUGUGGGUCCCUCAUUAACUUACCGGUAGAUUUUUUUCCCAUGCAACCCAGUGUGCACACGUAUGCCGCUCCAGCAGCUGCAACAGACAAACUUCAGACUCUCUCUCACUCAUAAAACUCGUAGUUUGGUUUACAGUCACUGUUUUUUUCCGUCGCAUCAGCUCCGAUCUCUCCAAACCCUAGACAUGGCUUUCACUCUCUCAGGAAUUCAUCUUCCUACUGUCCCUACAGCUUGUAUUUCGAAUCGGACGAGCAUCUAUAGCGAACGGAAGAAUGUGAACUUCUCUCUUCUCUUGAGGAAAGAUUCCUCUCCUUGGAAGAUCUUUGCUGGAAAGUCUUCUCAUGAUUCUGAUUCUUCUUCAACGGCUACAGCUAUUGAGAAAGUCCUCGUCCCUGAUGGUGAGGCUGAUGUCUCUUCAUCCUCUGCUGAUUUGGUGGAAACUUCGGCAGCUAUUUCAGAAGAUUCCCAGGUAUUCCAAGAAGUAGCUGGUAUACCCAUGGAAGAGGAUAGUAAGAUUCAGGGUGAACAAAAUAAUAUUUCUUCAGAACCUGGCAGUCAUGAUAGUAAGGUUGAUGGUGAACAACAUUCGGUUCCUGUACAAGUUAUCGACGGUGCCGCUAAGGAUGGGUUAGUGGAAGUGUCUGCUCCUUUAGAAGCCAGGGAAAGUGAUGGAAAGUCCAAGGCCAGACCAAGAUCUAUUCCUCCACCUGGCACUGGCCAGAAAAUAUAUGAAAUUGAUCCCAUGCUGAAUGAUUUUCGAAAUCAUCUUGAUUAUCGCUAUGGGCAUUACAAGAAAAUGCGUGAGUUGAUUGAUAAGUACGAGGGUGGAUUGGAAGCAUUUUCUUGUGGGUAUGAAAAGUUUGGAUUCAAUCGAAGUUCCCUAGGUGUUGGAGGCGGUCUGGAUGCAAGGCAACACCAAGGCACUUGGAUGCCAAGGAGCGCCUAGGAGACACCUUGGCAAUUAUGCUCUAGCUGCAAUAUAUUGCCAGUGCUUUCGGCACAGGAAUCUGCAAGUACAACCAAUUUGAAUAUUUAAAGUUGUCUUCUUGCGCCCCCCCCACCCUUACUUUUUUUCAUUGGGAUUUUUGUAUGAUCUUUCUUCAUGUGCUCCAGAUUUACAUUUUCAGUGUCUAUACAACUUGCCUAUGCUUGUGUGCUUGUAUUAAACAAUCCCCUAAGCCAGUAUAAUGUGGGAGAUUGGGUAGAUCUCCUUGUCUGAUGCUCUUUUGGUGCUGUCACUUUCUUUAAGACAGUUCUGCUUUCAGCACGCUGAUGCA